AUGACAAAGUCAGUAGCUCCACAGGAGACGGAGCAGGAGAUGGAGCUGCGUUCCCCACCCAGUCCCACAGCCUGCAACUGCUUCCCCAAAAUCACCCUCUUCAAGAAGAAGGACAGAAUCCGGGAGAGGCAGAGGGAGGAGGAGGAGCUCCAACAGGCUCAGAGAGAGAGAACAGAGAUGGAGCUGAACAAGAAGGAAAGAAAGCAGAAGAAGAAGGAAGAGAAGAAGAAGCUGCAGAGUGCCAGAGAGACUCAUGAUGAGGAGCUGAUGGGAGUGGAGCAGGUUCAACAAGAGAAUGUCAUCAGGAAUUUGGAGGAAACAGUGAAGCAGCAUGAGAUGGAGAUCAAAAGAUUCCAGGAGAGAGAAGAAAGGCUGAAACAAAAGCUGGAGAAAAUCAGAGAGAAAAUAGCCAGGAAAGAGCGGAAGACUCUGAAAAUUGUUCAGAGAGAUGAAAAUCUGAAGAGAGAGCUGCAGGCCAUGAAGGAGAGGCUGGCCCAAAAGGAAAACCAGAGAGAGGAAGAAAAGAAGGUCACCAGCCAGAAAACAGUGGAAAGGAUAUUCACUGUGAGUGUACAAGAAAUAAUGAAGAUGGACAGAGAAACGGAAAACCAGCAAGAGGAAGACCAACAGAGAGAGAGGAGAGAGAGACAGAGAGCAAGAGAGGAAAUCCAGCAGGAAAGUGCUGGUCAGGAGCUGGACAAGCCUGAAGAGAAAGAGAAGCUCCAGGACUUCAGCAGCCUUGUUCCUCCAAAUGAAGGAGCCCUCCUCAAUCUGAGCGAAGAGCAGCCUGAACCAUCCACUCCCUCCUCAUCUGACCGCAGCACACAUGUAGAGGACAGUGUGAGGGAUGAGAGCAGCGCUGUCCCUCAGGACGCCGGCCCACAGCCUCUGGCUUCCACUGAGUCCAAAACAGAAGAUCUGGCUUCAGAGACCGAGACUCAGGUCCAGACCGAUGGAUCCACGAGUGGACAGACAGCCGAGGAGAAAACAGAGUGGAGCGGCCAUGACGGUGGGGGAGCAGUGUGCAUCGAGGUGGAGAACCAGGAGAUGGAGCCUGCAGCACGGAGCUCAUCUGGAAGCAGGAUGUUGCAGAGUGUGCUGUCCACAGUUCGCUCUUUCGUUCAGCGCCUGAGAUUGUAUCACUCAGCUCAGCACGUUCAAGCUGAGGAAGAGGACAAGUGUGAGGAAGUUUCUCCACCACGUCGAUUGAUUCCACUCGGAGCGCCGGCAGGGGUCCUGACUGUAAAACUGAAGACCUGCAGAAACUUCAGUAAAGCUGCAGCUCCUUUGAAGAAAGGCGCUUGGGCUGCCGUGAGGAUCACUAUUGGGAGAACGGUGAAAUACACUGUGCAGCAGCCCUACAGCGACCCCAUGUGCUUUGAUGAAUGGAAACACUUCACCAUACAGAUCCAGCAGGAAGACGUUGUUGGGGUUCAGCAGUCGAGUUUGAUGGUGGUGGAACUGAUUAUUACAGAUCCUGACACAGCCACCCCUAAACUCAUGGGGAGAGACACCAUCAAGCUGCAGGAAAUCCUUAAGAAAUCUUCAGUGAGCCACCAGUUUAAUUUGAGGCUCAGGCAACAGAAAGUUUGCAAGCUGGACGCAGAUCUGGCGUUCACGUACGGCUCAAUGGGAUAUGGAUACUCUCACCAGAUCAAACAUGCAGGAAGAACGGUGGAGAAUCUGGUGGAGAAAUCUCUCUUUCCCCGCUGUCCUCCUAAUGAAGAUCAAAGAGAUCCAAAAUAUAAUGUGAUAACCCCCUCCGCACUGCCACGACUGGACAUCAUUCCCUCUCUGAUGCAGCAAGACACACCGACAGGCACAGACGAGUGCAGGAUAUCUGCUGGCCUGAUGGACUGCAUCCAGAAGAGGGGCAGGUUGUUGCAGCUACAUCAAGGCUUGGAGGAGUGUAAGGCAGGAGAGGAUAGGGUGCAGUUUCUGGAGAGCCUGAUCCUGAGGACGAGUCUUCCCUGCAGGAAGAGUAACAUUGUGUGUGACAGGACCUGCCUAAGCGCCGAAAAACAGAAGAGAAACGAGGAGGACGCGGACGAUAGAACAUCAGAGGAAAGACCAGGAAAGGCUAAAUGCAAGUCAAGGAAGUAG